AUGCGACCGAUACCACUGGCACUUUACCUCUUUGCGCUACUUGCUUCGCGACUGGUACUCGCUGAGGAAUAUAUCGAGUCCAGAGCACUGAAUCUAUGCUCCAACAGUUUGGAGUUUACAGCGACGUACUUCAAUGUAAGGUUCACGCCGAGGAAUCGUACCAUUGCAUUGAGCUUUAAUGGGAGGUCAUCAAUAUCUGGCAAGGUCGUCGCCGAGUUGAUUAUCACAGUCUAUGGCUACACCGCGAUGACCAAAGUGUUGAAUCCUUGUGACAUGGACCUCGAAGGGCUUUGUCCGGUCAGGGCCGGCGAGCUCCCGGUAAUGAACACCAACAUAAAAGUACCCGACUCAGUCAUUUCACAGAUUCCUGGUAUUGCCUAUACUGUUCCUGACCUCGAUGCCUCCGUGCGCGUUUUCAUCAACUCGUCCGAUACAGGAAGAAGUAUUACGUGUCUUGAAGCAGAACUUUCAAAUGGUAAAACAGUUUAUCAGCCGGGGGUCGGUUGGACGACCGCGAUAAUUUCUGGUCUGGGCUUGGCUGCGUCUGCAGUCACUUCUGCGCUUGGUCAUUCAAAAGCCGCUACGCACAUAGCAACCAAUGUGAUCUCGCUUUUUGGAUUUAUGCAGUCACAAGCAAUGUUUGGAAUGUCAUCGGUUCACAUGCCUCCGAUUGUUCAGUCAUGGACUCAGAACUUCCAAUGGAGCAUGGGCCUCGUUCGUGUCGGCUUCUUGGAGACCUUGUGUACCUGGUACCAGCGAUCCACAGGUGGAAAGCCUUCCACUCUCAUUGUCGACCACUCUAAAAAGUCGAUUCAAAUUCUCAAAAAGCGUUCGUAUGAUACCUUGCUAAAGCGAGCCACCAAAUCUGGAGCAGAUACACAUAAAAGCAUUGUGAUACGCGGCAUCCAACGUGUCGGGUAUAAGGCAAGAAUCGAGGUGACCAAUAUCUUUCUGACAGGGUUGAUCUUUUUUGCCUUCUUUGCCACACUUGCAACGAUCUGUGUUGCAAUAGCUAGGGUUAUCCAUAAGUCUCUUAUCAGGUCUGGGAAGGUCAAAGACGAUGAAGUCAAAUGGAACUUCAUUAUGAAGGGAAUUCUAUUCCGGGUAAUCUUGAUUGGGUACCCUCAGAUAUGCAUACUUUGUUUGUGGGAGUUCACUCAACAUGACUCUCCUGCUGAGGUUAUCCUUGCCGCCAUCAUGCUCUUGACUACCACAGUUGCCAUAGGGUUUGCAACACAAAAGGUCGCCCGUCUUGCGAAACGAUCCGUAAAACUGCACAGAAACCCUGCAUACAUUCUGUACACUGACCCUGCCUGUUUGAAUAAAUGGGGCUUUCUUUACGUGCAAUAUCAAGCCAAGGCAUACUACUUCAUCAUGCCAGCGCUUGCCUACAUCAUAGUGAAAUCCAUGUUUAUCAGCCUCAGCCAAGCAGCCCCUGUGGUACAAACCAUAGCCUUGGUAAUCAUCGAGACUUCCAUGCUGGUCACCGUCAGCAUCCUGAGGCCCUGGAUGAACAAGAAGACUGACAUAUACAACAUUUCAAUCGCAGCUAUCAAUUUUGUUAAUGCUAUCUUCCUGUUGAUAUUCUCAAAUGUCUUCAGUCAACCUGGGAUUCUGACAGGCGUGAUGGGAGUUGUCUUCUUUGCCUACAACGCAGUGUUCUCACUGGUCCUCCUGGUUCUCGUGUUAAUGGCUUCCAUCUACGCCGUUGUAUCAAAGAACCCAGACACUCGAUACCAACCAAUGAGAGACGACCGGGAGUCAUUUAUUAGAUCGCAAUCUCAACAUCAGCUGGGUACCGAGUUGGAUGCCUUGGUUGCUGCUGCUCGGGGUGAUAAGUAUUCUAACCACGACAAUUCCACCCCAAGUUUAGUUGAUCCCUUGGAUAGGCAUGAACAUUGUAACGAGUCAAAUAGUGAAGACACGCUUGAGGAGGGUCAGCCCUUGGCAGGCCUUCCUUCAAAUCGUGGUGUGGGACAUCGAAACUCCCCCCUCUAUCACUGCUAG